ACUCGUGACUCAAAUCAAUAAAUCACUCGGCGGAUCCUGAGUUCCCGCUGCGCGGGUGACAUCACGCCCGAUAACGCUCCGAUAAGAGGUCAAACUUACCGAGCGGCGAAGUCGAGCGAAUAAUCGCGGGUGUCGUGUCACGGAAGAUCUCCCGUUGCGUUUGCAGAAAUGGGCGCCGAUCCCAAGCGCAUCCUGGUGACCGGCUUCGGCCCGUUCGACGCACACGUGGUGAACGCCAGCUGGGAGGCGGUGAAGGAGUUGCAGAAGCUCUGGGAGAACUCCGUCGAGUUUCCCGACUUCGAGCUGGUCGCGGAAGAAAUCCCGGUCUCGUACGCCUACGUGUCCAACCGUGUUCCUCGGCUCUGGAAGAAACACAAUCCGUCGAUUGUCCUACACGUGGGUGUGUCACACAUAGCUGAAUCCUUGACGAUAGAAUGCCAUGCUCGCAGCAACGGCUACGACAGACUCGAUAUAUGCAGCAAAUGCCCGGACGAAACGAGUGUCGACUGUAACGUGCUGGAGACUGGGAUAAAUGUCGAGGAGCUUUGCGACAGCGUGAAUCAAAACUUUGAGAGAAGCGGCUGCAAAGCCUGCCUCUCGCACAAUGCCGGCAGAUUCUUGUGCGAGUACACAUUUUACCAAUCUCUUUCUAUCGAGCCGACCAAGACUCUGUUCGUGCAUGUUCCAGACUUUCUCAAAUACUCCAGUGUACAAACUGCCAACGGUUUAUACGAUAUUUUGCGUUACUUAAUAAGUAAUUUCAAGUCCAGUUAACAGUCUUGGUCUAUUAAACUGCCAAUAACACAGGAAACAAUAUUCGCCUUUUUUCUAAGAUGAAAUUCUUGUUCAGUCAUAGAUAUAGAAUAGUUGUCGACAUAUUCGGGUAGUUUGAACGUUUAAUAAUUAAUGUUCCGCAUAAUCUGCACAAAACGCUGAGAUAAAAGAACAGGUGUAAGAGGCUGCAAACAAAGUUUUAUAAGAACUUAUACGCUCAAAAAGGCCUAGAUGUAUAUUUUCUUACAUAAAUAUCUAGAAAUUAAAAAAUUAAGAUUAUAUACAUAUAUAAGAUAGAAAUAUGUGUAAUAUAAAUGAUGUAAUGUGAUAUUAACAUGGGAUGUGGCAUACGAUUAUAACAAA